UCAUUACCGUCAUGCCAUAAGUAACCACAGAGACAGUUGCAGAGGAGCAGCUUUGACUUGAAAGUAAAAUGGACCAGUGAGUCAUUAAAUACAAGGGGUGUUGGCAGUUCUAAUGGGUAUUUAUGCAAAAGGAAACAACAGGGACGGAUCUUCUCAACCAUGAUGCUUGUACAAUCUGUCUUUGUGUUUCUCCUCACUGGUAUCUUGUCAACCUCAGGUUUCAAUGAAGUUCAAAAUGGGUCAAUGCCUGAAACAUCAGAAGAAAAUUGUGGCUACCAAAACGUUUUGGAAUACUUGAACCUGACCAAAGACAACAACCUGUUUGUCAUGAGCCGGCCUGUUAAACACCAUCGAAGUACAACAAAUGUGUACCUUGACAUGGUCAUUUAUGCAAUUCUAGAUGUGAGAGAGAUUGAUCAAACUUUUGUUUCAUAUGUCUGGAUUUACUUAACAUGGGACAAUGAGCAUAUUAGAUGGGACCCCAAAGACUUUUGUGGAAUUUCAAAUAUAGCAGUUCCAAAUGAAGCUUUAUGGAAACCUGAUCUGACAAUUGAGGAGAUGAUAGAGAAGGACAAGGCACCACCAAGUCCUCUUCUUAAAAUAACUCAUGACGGCACAGUGUUUUAUAAGAAUGAUCAAGUGAUCAUCAGCACCUGCCAGAUGCACGUUUACAAAUUCCCCUUUGACACUCAGAGCUGUAACAUCACCUUCAAGUCAAUCUUACACGGUGAUGACGACAUGACUUUGACGGGAAGUGUAAACAAUACAGAAAUCACAAUGUGGUCUCGUGAAAUAAUGCGGACGCAGUACGAGUGGUUGUUCAUUGACAUGUCGGUGCACAAGAAAACUGAAGACGAUUUGGGCUACAACCAAACAUCAGUUAUUUACACUAUCACAAUGAGGAGGCGGUCAAUUCUCUAUUGUGCCAAUUUUUUGGUUCCCAUCUUGUUUCUCAUCAUCCUGGAUUUGGCCUCUUUUCUCAUUCCGGAUAAUGGAGGCGAGAAACUCAGCUUCAAAGUCACAGUACUGCUCGCUGUGACGGUGAUGCAGCUUAUUCUUAAUGAGAUUCUGCCAUCCUCAACGGACACGAUUCCACUUGUAGUUCUCUACUGUACUGGAAUAUUUGGUCUGAUGCUACUCAGCUUAAUGGAGACAAUUGUGGUCAUGCAUUUGAUAGAGAAAGACUCAGAAUCCCCAGACAGUGAAGGAGACCCAGCUCUCAACGCAGACCAAAAUGACGAGAAAAUGAAAGUCAACUGCAGAAAUAGUCUUACAGCCAUCCAUGAUCACGAGACUGAUCAAAACACACCUUCACCCAAAAAGGACGGCAGCAGUCAGCGGUUGGAUGUUUCCUUGGCCCUGGAUCUGUUUUCUCAUGAGCUGGAUGAGGUGAAGAAAACUGUGUCUCUGCUCAGCAGCAGGAGGGAAAAUAUUGGUUACUGGACCAAACUAUCAAAAAAAAUCCACAAAAUCUUUUUUGUUUUUUAUGUUGGAGGUGUCGUUCUGUUUUUGUUUACUAUUUCUAUGCUGUGGAUCGUAACAGAAGACAAUUAAAAUGCAGUCAACUAAAAACAAGGGCACUGGUCAAUGCUUUCUUGUCCCAACUAGAUAGAAUUGUGCCCUAAAAAUUAAACUUUGGCUGUUUUUAGUCCUUUGUAUGAAUUAUAUUUGCCUCAUUUAAUCCAAGUGAUUACAUCAUCACCCAUGUAGGUAUUUACUCAUAUUUGCAAGAGGUUUGACACUGUUCUUCAUUAAUCCUCCACACAAUGAUAUUCAUUAUAAAGUCAUUUAUGGGAAAAAUUAAAGUGGAAUUUAUUGCA